GCAGGAGUACGCAAUCAGACCAUCCUGCCUGCAGCUUGCACGAAGCUCCUUUUGACCACCGCAUCAGGCUGAGACUAUAACUCGGCAGGAGAGCGUACUUCGACAGUGCAUAUCAAGCGAUUGAUCUCGGUGAAUUGCAUUGAAUAGUUUCUUUGCGGUCCAUCUGCGCCGGUUACGUAUCUUGUCUCACUGUUUGUUUGUAUUCAUCGCCUUGCUGUGUUUGGAUUGAACUUGGGUUGUGGGUGAAGAUGCGGCUGCAAUUGGGCUCAGCCUUGGUGGCGGGAUUAGCCGUUGCCGCGGAUGCUUCCGUGUCGAAAGAAGACGUGAAGCCGGCUGAAGUCAAAAAUGUUGCUAUUAUCGGAGCUGGAGCUGCCGGGGCCUCAGCUGCGUACCAUCUCCGACAAUAUGCAGAGGAAGCAAACGUCAAGGUCAACAUCACAAUCUUUGAAAAGACAGACCGCAUUGGCGGCCGCACGCUGACCGUCGACGCGUAUGGCGACCCGUCGCAGCCCAUUGAGCUGGGCGCAUCCAUCUUCGUCGGCGUCAACCACAUCCUCUACAACGGCACCAAGAACUUCAACCUGACCAUUGGCUCCAACUACCGCGUUGCCAACAGUCAGGAUGACAUCACGGCCAUCUGGGACGGCGAGAGCUUCGUCUACGAGACGACGGAGGGCACCUCCUGGUGGUGGGACGCGGGCAAGCUGUGGUGGCGGUACGGCAUGAGUCCCUACCGGGCUGUCAAUCUGGUCAAGGAGGUUGUGGGCAAGUUCUUGAAGCUGUACGAGCAGCCGUAUUUCCCGUUUCGGUCGCUGACGGCGAGGACGUAUGAGCUGGGGCUGGUGGAGAUCACGGGGAUCACGGGGGAGCAGUUUCUUGCGCAGAACAAGAUUGAUGAAAAGUUUUCGAGACACAUUAUUCAGGCUGCUACGAGGGUCAACUAUGCGUCGAAUCUGGCGUACCUCCAUGGAUUGGAGACCAUGGUCUCGUUUGCUACGGAUGGCGCCAUGUCCGUCAAUGGGGGCAAUUGGCGUAUUUUCGAGCAAAUGGUCAAAAACAGUGGCGCUACGCUGUAUCAUAACAUCACUGUCUCUGCUAUUGCCUUUGCAAAGGAGAAGACUUUAUCUUCAGCACCCAAGUAUGAGAUUUCAACUGCUUCGACCGUUUCAUCAUCUACUGAGUCAGAAGUGGUUGGCACGGUAUUCGAUGAUGUAAUUAUCGCCUCUCCUUGGCAAUUCAGCAACAUCGAAGCCGGGGAGGGAGUCAUCCAACAUCACAUUGAAGAGAUUCCUUAUACAAAGCUCCACGUUACGCUCUUCGCUUCUCCCCACAAACUAGAUCCCGAGUUCUUCAAGCUGCCUCCAGGAAGCACAGCCCCCAGCAACGUAUAUACGACUCUCGCUGAGGGCGAGGAGCCGAAGGAGGGGGCCGAAGGGGUUGGCAAGACGGGCUUCUACUCUGUCAGCACGCUCAGGACGACGCUCAACCCAAAGACGAACAAGACGGAGUUUGUGUACAAGAUCUUUUCGCCAAAGCCCGUGACCCCACAGUUCCUGUCCGAGCUUUUUGGCGUCAAAGUGCCAGAGGCUUUUACAUCUGGGGAAAAUGGGGGCGAGAACGGCGGUGUGGAUCCGAUUUCGUGGUACUACCCUCAUUGGUUUUACUCGUACCCGAUUGAGCUUCCGCGCGUGACGUUCCAGGACCCUAUUCUGGGAAGUGGAUUGUACUACACCUCUGGCAUUGAAAGCUUCAUCUCGACGAUGGAGACGAGUGCUUUGAUGGGCAUGAAUGUGGCAAGGCUAAUUGUGGAUGACGCGGCCGGCAUUUCUCGGGAGGAGGUUCCUGCUGCUGUGAGUGAGGAGGAUCUGGGGCUGAAGAAGGUCAAGGUGGAGUUGGUUGUUGAAGAGCCCGGCGAGCUGUAAACUCGGAUGAAGCCGAAGGCGGGAGAAAGGAAGAGAUGGAGAAGACGAUGGUGCUGCGGAUGAUGGCCCCGGCUGUGGGAUAGGAUGGUGGCGGUGAUUUGGCGAGUAGCAACAGUGAGUUGACGAUUUACAUGACACAGGAUUUUCUGGAGGGAGGGGUUUUUUUUUUUUUUUU